AUGAAGAAGGAGGUGGUGGAGACGACGAUGGUGGCGCCGAGCGAGGAGAUGCGGCGACAAUGGCUGUGGCUGUCCAACCUAGACCUGAAAUUUCCCCACAUCUACACGAGGGUCAUCAACUACUACCCUGCCGCAUCAGCUGCAGCUGCAGGCCCAGAGGCGCAGCAGGGCGGCGGCGGAGGCGCGUGCGAGGGUUUCUUCGACCCGGAGCGGCUCAGGGCGGCGCUGGCCAGGGCGCUGGUGCCGUUCUACCCUCUGGCCGGGCGGCUCAGCCUCGGGGAGGAUGGCCGGCGGCGGCAUGUCGACUGCAACGGCGAGGAGGGCGUGCAGUUUGUUGUUGUCCGUGCAGAUGUGACUGGCGCGGAGUUCUUCGAGGACUACCAGCCGUCGCCGGAGCCGUUCAUGAAGUGGUGGCUGUCCAAUAGGAAGCGCGUCGACAAGCACUUCAAGCGCGGGUUUGACUCAAUCAUGUUCUUGAUCGGUUGGAUGCUCUGGAAACAAAGGAAUGCGAGGACCUUCGAUGGCAGUACACGUACAGCGAGGGACCUCGCCGUGGACAUUUACCUCGUCGCGGAGGACCGGCGAAUGGCUGGGUACAGGCAGCUCGGCGUACUUCUGUCUGGACGCUGA